ACGAGCUCGUUGGAGUUUUAUUGGACAUUGGAUAUCUAAAAGCGCUAUUUUGGUAUUGUUAUUUGCGUUUUCGUGUUGGUUUCACAAAUCAGAAAUGGAUCUAGCUAGAAAUUACAAAACCUUUUCAGCAAUAAUCAUCAUUUUGUAUUUUUGUAGCUAUGUAACUGCCUGCAAACCAGAUGCAGCAAAACAUUCAGCUAUGAUAGAAGGGUUAAAGAAAAAUGGGUUUCUAAAGACAGCAGCAGCUGAAAGAUCUAUGCAAGGUGUGGAUCGUAGUUGUUUCGUAGAUGAUGAGCCAUACGAAAAUCGGUCAAAAAUAGUUGAAGUCGGUCGCCAUCCUCCUGUUAAAGUUAUGUUCCCUGCUCCUUAUGUGCACGCACUGAUUCUGGAUGCACUAAGCGCUGGUAUCAAGGAGCGUUCAUCACAUGCUUUAGUUGUCGAGCUAGGCAUCGGAUACAUGACGGCUUGUACAGCUCUCAUGACAGGUACACAAGGUGUCACUGUAUCCGCUCAACCUACUAGUGACUUAUUUUCAUGGGUUUCAUCGCAUGUCAAAAGCUGGUUAGAACACAGUAGAGCUUAUACACGUGGCUUAACAUUGGGGAAUCAAAUUAAAUUAACAACCUAUAAUAAUAAAAUCCCAGAGCUUUUAACUGAGAAAUAUGAUGCUGUCUUUGUUCGUGCAGUGCGUGAAAGUGAUGUGAACAGGUGGCUACCGCGUCUCAAAACAGGAGGUAUCAUGGUUUGCUUAGUAGGAUAUAAUGGAGGGAAACAGGAAUUGUAUCAAUUGCGCCGGUUGUCCGAAACUUCCGUACAAAAGAAGACUUUGAUGAACUUCCAAGAUUUCAAACCAACAGUUACUCAACCAAAAGAAGAAUCUGUUGUACAACCGAUCUAUGUAACUGCCUGCAAACCAGAUGAAAAAAAACAUUCAGCUAUGAUAGAAGCGUUAAAGAAAAAUGGGUUUCUAAAGACAGCAGCAGCUGAAAAAUCUAUGAGAGGUGUGGAUCGUAGUUGUUUCGUAGAUGAUGAGCCAUACGAAAAUCGGUCACAAUUAGUUGAAGUCGGUCGCCAUCAUCCUGUUAAAGUUAUGUUCCCUGCUCCUUAUGUGCACGCACUGAUUCUGGAUGCACUAAGCACUGGUAUCAAGGAGCGUUCACAUGCUUUAGUUGUCGAGCUAGGCAUCGGAUACAUGACGGCUUGUACUGCUCUCAUGACAGGUACACAAGGUGUCACUGUAUCCGCUCAACCUAAUAGUGACUUAUUUUCAUGGGUUUCAUCGCAUAUCAAAAGCUGGUUAGACAACAGUAGAGCUUAUACACGUGGCUUAUCAUUGGGGAAUCAAAUUAAAUUAACAACCUAUAAUAAUAAAAUCCCUGAGCUUUUAACUGAGAAAUAUGAUGCUAUCUUUGUUCGUGCAGUGCUUGAAAGUGAUGUGAGCAGGAUGACUUUGAUGAACUUCAAAGAUUUCAUACCAACAGUUACUCCAUCAAAAGAAGAAGCUGUUGUACAACCGAUCCCACCCGAGUAA